UGCAGAACCGCCUGGAGGCGGAGAAGGAACAGCUGCGCAUCAGCGUGGAGACGGUCGCGAGCACGGUGCAGUUUCAGAAAACCAGCAUGGAGUUUGCGUCUCACACGUACCCGAAUGUGCAGAUGCACCAGACGACGGUGACAACUAGCAUCGUUCGGAAGGUGCGGCGAAAGGACGGCUCGGUGGAGCUACACCACAUCGUUUCCGGUGCCCACAUGAUCAAGGGCCAUCCGACGGAGCAACAGGUCUCCGAGAAAAACACAGACGAAGCGUUCAAAGAGUCCGGGGUUAAAGCCCAGAACAAGGACUACGGUCUGAUGAAUCUCGGCAAGGACGUUUUUUGGGGGGCCGUCGGGGGCGCUGUCGUUGGCGGCAUAUCCGGGAGUAUGGCGGGUGGCGUCGGGGCCGUUCCGGGCGCAAUCGCGGGCGCCAUCAGCGGAGCGACCACGGCCUUGAUUAUCGGCGUGGCCCGAUUGGCACUGAACAUCGCGGGUGACCUGAUCGAUGCUGCCUGGAAGGCGGUCACGAACGCAUGGCGCAGGAUGAAAGACGCCGUUGUCGAUUGGUGUUGCGGCGGCCCCGUGGAGGACCGGGUCACCGGGGAGAUGACCACCACCAACGCCCGCCAGCUUGACUUCGCCGGCGAGUUCCGCGGGCGCGUGACGGGGUGGCACGGGCGGUCCCUGACGGUGCGGCACCUCCAGCGUCGCAACGGGUACUGGGCCGGGGAAGAUGCGCGGAAGUGGAAGGAGGCAUCGUGCUACUUCGACUCCGAGGCACUGUUUUACCGUGCGCAAGUCGGCUUCCAGCGGUACAGCCAGGAGGCCAGCGGGCGGAUGCAGCUUAAGACGUUCUCGCUGUCGGCGGGCCAGACCGGGAUGCUGACUCUGUACUCUUACGAGCACAUUGAGAAGCGCACCCUAAAGAAGCAGCACGGCGGCUGGGCCGACAAGCUGGCGCGCACCUACGUGCACGAAGUGGAGUACUACAACAAGUACAAGAACCAGGGUCGGGUGCUCGGCUACAAGGUACGCCAGACCCGGCGCAUGGACACCUGCGACUUCGAUAAGCGAACCUCCGAAGUCACCGUGUACCAGAAAGAAGCCCUUGGUGGCAAGAUGGACAUCCAGUUCAAACUGCAGACAGCCUCGACGUACGAGCGAAACGUCUGGGGUCUGUGGACCCUGCAACACACCGACGAUCGUAUCUUACAGGUGCACAAGGACAAAGACGGAAAAAGCUUGAUAACGGAGGAAGACCGGCAGAAACGCGAAGCGAUUCUGCAGGAACCGCCCAAGAAGGAGGAACACAUGACCGACCGGCGGAAAUGGUGGCAGAAGGUGGGAGAUUUCUUCACCAAAGAAAUUCCGCACGCGGCCCAGUGUGUGGUUGGGUGCGAAGACACGAAAGCGUAUGAGGAGAGCAUGGCGGAAGCAAAAUUCGGCCGCAACCUGGACAACAUGACCGCCGACGACAAGAAAGCGUACGAGGGCGAGUUGCGCAGUUAUCGCGAAGCGCUCUUUGCCUAUGAGGUACCUCUUGUUGCGUUUCGUAGCUUCUUCAUCAAAUGACUAAUUUACCCACUUGUUUUUGCACUUUGGUAGCUGUAGUAGAAAGAUGACGUGGUUGAUUGAUGCCCCAAGACUUUAGUAAGCGACCAUGCACGACAUUCGUGUUCGAAACAAGUACAUGAAGGAGGCAUCCGGUUUGAAGCACAAUCAUAAAGACAGAACGCGCCGCCGGCGUUUUCGUCGGCGUUGUCGUAUACGUCUGUCGUGAUGCUGAUGCUCUAGCUCAUGAUUUAUCAUUCCGUUGAGGUGUAAAAAAGAAGCAAAAUCCCACCGAUGAUUCACCAUAUCAACAGUCAAAAUUGACGGACGACCCGGAUUCGUUGUACUCUUCGAGCAUUGACGACGAGUUCACGUUGAUAAGCGAGACCUGGACCGCGGAGAUCACGGGCAACGACAAUCUGCGUAGCCUCGAGAAUGGGAUGCGACAGGCCAUGCACGACAACGGAAAGCUACCGAAGGACUUCUUCACGACCGGAUUCGGGCCCAUGCACAACAAGGCGAAAAUCUACACCAAAGAGGAAACGCAGGGGAUGAUCAGCACCGUCUCCACCGUGGUCAGCAUCGCCGCCACCGUGGCAGCGGCCAUGGUCGGGGACUUUGCGGCGGACAAGGUUCUGCAGCCUUCGCAGUUCAUGUCGGCGAAGCUCGGCGCGGACGAGGUUAUCCUGAGUAAAAACGUACCCACACCAGAGUUGUAAUGCAGAUUUGCAAAGACAGGAAGACUUGUAAUGCGCAUCCGCAUGAGAGCCAUUUUCAGUCGUGUUUUGGAAUUUGUGACGCUGUGAACAGGAUGAGCAAAUGAAUCUGUGAUGCGGCUGCGCUUGCUAAUCUGCACUACACUGCAGAGUGCAACUUGUCAUGCGUGACUCACCGUAGCCAUUUUGGCUCAAGAUCCUUAAUAUACCAACCCCUGCCAUUCUGGCGGGGGGGAUCCGCUGAGCAAAGAUCACAACUCUCACAGCGACAACCCCUAGUAGAACCUUUUACAGCAUCUAGGGAGAGAGAGGAGGCCCGACCCUAGGAAAGUUCACAGCCAGUCUUCUUGUUUUCCUUUUUCUGUUUUGCGCUAGUUCCCACCACUUCCGCAGCUCUCACUGCCCGUUCAUCUUGCAGCUUUACGAUCGUGCUCGCGUAGUCACAAUAGGGAUCCAACAAUAAAGACCAUGGCCUCGGCCUCCGGCAGCCUAGCGGGUAUCUCCCUGCUAGGCUAUGACACCCAGCGACGCCUCCGCGAGUAGUAGCGCACGCGGAUGCUGCGCGACGCCCAAGCGGGGCGAACUCAAGAUGCCUCGGCAAGCGGGAAGGACUCAGCGCCCCACGCGGUUCCUCUUUUUACUCACCGACGGAGGGGCUACGGCAGCUGGCCCCAAAUGGUCAGUUCCCCGAGCAACCAAUAGGCGUUGUAGGGGCGCGCAAUAGGCUGCGGGUCGUAGUCUCCCACACACCACACCACCAAAGCGAGACAGGUCUCACCAUUACCAAACACCGAGGCCCCGACCGCCAGCGCACGGCCAAAGUUCAGGCGGAGCCCACUCGAGCCGGGCACAGGCGCGGCGCAAGGCGUUAGCAAAUGCGGCAGGGCUGGAAGAGUUUUCAGCAGUAAGCCCAGCAAGAGGCUUGCUCCCGUAGCACUCAACAGAAGAUGUGUAGGGGCACGCAACAAAAGAUGUGUAGCUGCAAACUCCUCGGCUCGAAGCAUUUGCGUACCGGGGCCGACGAACGCAAGCAGCACGACCACCGAAACGCCUCCAGCCGGGCGAGCUUCCGGCAUCGGCCCACGUCACGUCUCCACUUCGGGAAGCCCGCUGCCUCCGGUCUUGCAUGUUCCCAAUAAACUACCAGACUGACUCUUGCAUGGCCCCCAAGAAAAGCUUCCCCACCGUCCUCCCAUGUAUUUCCGUGUAGCUACCCCUUUGUGAACUCGAAAACGUCGUCCAUGAUUAUUAUGGGUAUGGCCUAGCCUGUAGCUUCUCCUCCUUAGUUACUGGUGGCCUGGUCAGUUUUCGGACAGUAACAGCUGCCCUGCCUGCUCUCCAUGGGGCGCAUGCUGUUGUGCGUGCGUCCCUGCUAAGGUAUUGCUAUAGUGAAUAUGGCAAAGAAAAACAGCUGCCAGCUCUCACAGUGUGCUGGUGGGCUGUGCUCUGCCAGAUAGGAAUGUGAAGUGGGCUGCGCCGUUUCCGUCCCCGUUGCUGGUGCUGGUGCUCCGGGGUGGUUGGCUAUGUCCUACAGUUGUAAUGGUGGCGUUUUGUGUGAGGAGUAUAGUGGGGAGUGCCAGGUCCAUAGGGCCCGGGGGGACGGCGUCUUCGGGUUCUAUUUGCAUUUCGCUGUUCGGUUUUUCCCUUCCAUAGUCCUCCGGCCCCGACCUGAUGCUACGGAGGUGUUCACGCAGCUGCUGGCGUUUCACUUUCGACAUGUGCCCCGCGGUGGCCGGUUGUUUCGGAGCUGAAUAAGUAUGCGUUUUGACUUGCGCCGCGCGAUUCUCGACUAGCAGCCAGAUGAAUACGUGGAUGCACCGCAUCAAACCUGCCAUGCCAGCUGCUCAACCUGUGUACGCCCUCGCGGAACAGGAGUCCCGACCUGGCGCCGGCUGUCCGGUGCCGUGCUGGGUUUAGAGCCUCGCCGUGCAGUUCCACUCCUGCCUCUUCUCGACAGCAAGCCGACAUUUGUGGACCGGUGCCGCAACCACGACGUGUGAGUUUGACGAUUUACAGAUGAAGCAGCUCUUCGUGGCCCUUCCGCACGUGACUAUCGGGCUUCGGCAUUUGCGCGCUCAUCAUUCUCUACUCGCCGGCUCCGUCGUGAUCAGUGUACGCGCACCGGUUUGCCAUUACGGAGUUGCGCGUGCUGUCGGAGAUGUUGCAGCUUUUCGCGGCCUUCGUGUCCGAUACCAUCGGGGUUUCGGGCAUUCCGCGCCAGCUACUUCGCACCACCGAUGGAAUCUUGAUCACCCCGGUGACGCCGCCGCCCCGGGCCUUGCGGUUCUGGAUCUUCCGACGAUUCUCCUCACACACACACGCACAUAGAUCAAAACUCCAUACACACACACGCCUGCGUCCCGUAUUCCUGUACUGUUCGCCACGCGCUACUCGGCACGCCCACCUGUUCUACUCCGUCUUUGGUUCUGCCCCUCGGUACACCCCGGUGCUCGACUCCGCCGCUGCUCUCCUUUUCCUCUGUACUGCCUCUUUCUCCUUCUUGGUGCUGAAGCUAUGCUUCUUCUCCCGCGCGACCCCUACGUGACUGCUUUCUCUCCACGACGUCCACCUGUGCUUCCCGUGCGACGCCUGCCGCCGUGGUUCCUGGAUGCCGCAUGACGACAUUAUUCAGACUGUGCUACUUUGUAUGUGUGCCUUUUGCUGCAUUACUUUAUAUUUUAGUUUCUUUAUGCAUCUAUUUCUUAUCACACUUACUAUUUUUUUAUUGUUGCAGCCUGUGCGUAGUCGCGAGCUUAUUUCAAUUGUCUUUGCGCCACAGCAAGCCGUUUACCUAGUCCUUGCUCUCGAGGCCUUCGUCCCUCGUUCGCCUUUUCAUCAUUAUUUUUACUUUUCGCUGGUCUAUCAAUUAUCCGGCCUUCACCUCGGAUCCCAGCUGGUUGUGCUUUAUUUUCCCGGCUGCUGUGCUAUUAUGUUACUUUCUAUUUCAAGGGCCUUCUCUCCCGCUUUUCUAUUCUGCUUUGCCAUUCUUAUUUUUACGUAUGUAUACAGGCUUUUCCUCCUGUCCAUCUUCACUAUCUUUUCCAACCCUUCGGGGGGGAGGCCUUCGUCCCUCCUUACAUAUCUUCUUGCUUCUUUCUUCUUGUUUCCGUCGGUCGCGCAUGUGCGUAGUUACCCGCUCGGAGUCUUUUGUUUUUCAUGUGACUCCGCAGCCUCCGUGCAUAGGUUUGUUAUGAUCGUAUUUCCAAGUCCGAUGACUUGUCUUGGUACUCGCACAUUCGAGAUCGGGGGGGUGAGGGGGGGACUCAAGCCAAAAAAAGAAUUCACCUGAUACACAAUGUCCCGCCCGCAGUAGCACAGUCUGUUUAUGUCAUGCGUGACUCACAAAACUCCUAGGUUUGUGUUGCAAAGUCCCCAUCCUGACUCUGGUGUGGGUACGUUUUUACUCAGGAUAGAGGUGGUCCUGAAUUCAGUUCGGAAGCGAAUGGGUCUGGGUCGGCUGAACAAGGUGGUCGACAAAGCUGGCAACGCUAUCUUCAAACCCUCAGCCGUGAAGGACAGCGUGUUCAAAACUUUCUGCAAGAAAGCAGGGAAGAAGCUGGUUCGCGAAGGUGCUCGGCGGGUUGCAAAGAACGUAAAACUUCCUGUCGGAAAAUGGAUUGGCUCCGCGCUAGUUCGAAACCCUAACAAAGCGAAAUAUGGGCGGCUGCGCUCGGCGUCCGAAAAAGAGCGCGAGCAGCGGCACCACGAGUCUAUGACGGGCCUACCGGCAGAAGUGAGCGCUUACCAAGCAUGGAAGGCCUUUGAAACCGUGCACAGGAUUACCAAAGUUACCAACGACGUGUCUUCUGCCAAAGACCGGGACGACCUUAUCGAAAAAACGCUUUUCAAUAAAGAUGCAGUUGCGCUAGCGAAGCAACUGUAUAAAAUCUGUUUCCUUUUCUUUGUUUUCUACAGCAUGUGUCUUUCAACUUUCAUCUCUGUUGAUGUUGGGGCAGGUACUCAUCUCUGUUGAUGUCGUGAUUAAAAACCAAACUCAAAACCAGGCAUGACCAAAGCAUCGAGCACCAGGACGCCGAAUUUGAGGAGGGCAACCGGGUAAAAUUGCGUGCGCUGCAGGAGAGGCAGCGAGAAGGUCGCGUGAAACGGGAAGCCGCCCUAGCCGAAGAGCAGGAGAAAGAGAAGCAGCAGAUGGAUGAGCACAGGUCGCCGGGAGAGGGCGGUGGUGUGGAGGACCUCGCUUACCAGCGACGACUGAUGGUGGGACGGCACGCUGCGGGGAGCAAGGCGCUGUCCGAAUUAUUAGAGAAGGAGGAAAAAGAGGGAAAGGAGGCACUGGAAAAAAAAAUAAAAAAAGAUAAAGAGCAUUACGAGAAGCACAGCGCCGCCGCCUGGCAAAAGUCUGUCAUAGGUGGAUUUUUGGACAAGUACUCAGAAGUCCUGUCGCAGGUAGAAGCGGGGCGGGGAAAGUGGGGGAAAGAAGACCAAAAGGCCGAGGAUGACGAGAACGGCAUCACGGAAGAACAACGUAAAGAGAUAGACGAAGCGGAAAAAGAAGAAAAAGAGAAAAACCACUGGAAAGUGCGCACUGCCAUGGAUUCGUGCCACGGCUUGUCCGGGAAGUUUGACGAGAAAGUCGGGGACAUAGUCGACGGGAUUUACGACACAACUAGCGCGGCGGCCAACAAAGUGUAUGAAGCGGCGAAGAAGAAAGCUCGCAGCCUGCGCCAGUUGGGCGCGCAAACAGAGCGACCAAGUCUCGCGGAUCCGGAGAAGCGCGGCGGAGGUGACGAUCUUGAGGACGAUGGUGCGGACGGAAGAACCAACGUGCCCGAUGACGAUGGACUCUCGGAUCUGGGCGAUCUGGAGGACGAGUGGCAACAAGAUGUGCUCUACCACGUGGGCCGGGACCACGUACAGCGAGACCUGGAGGCUAUCCGGGACGGCCUGAGUCGUGGGCAGCAGGAGCGGCGGGAACAGGAAGACGUGGAAGGGGAUGGCGUCAAUGGCGACGGGGAGUGGGGCGCGGAGCAGGCGGGCCCGCCGCGACGAAGGAAUGCGGUCUACGACGCUAGCACCAGUAGGGACGACGACGACGAGGGACGAGAGCCCCGUGGGCGCGGCGUCGCGGCGGACGAAGUGCCCGAGCACGAGGAUCCCGACGCUGCCGGUGAACAGCACGUUGCUGAGGGGGCGGGACAGCAGCUCCGGAGAAGAAGGAAUGCUGUGUACCUCCCGGAAACGGGGGAGGAGGACGAUCACCCGGACGUAACGAACGAUCGGCAGCAGCGGAGAAAUGCUGUUUACUUCCCGGGCACAAGCCACGACGGAGAGUGGCAUCCGGACGUAACGAACGAUCGGCAGCAGCGGAGAAAUGCUGUUUACGACCCGGACACGAGCCACGACGGGGAGUGGCAUCCGGACGUGACGAAUGAUGGGCAGCAGCGUAGAAAUGCUGUUUACGACCCGGACACGAGCCACGACGGGGAGUGGCAUCCGGAUGUAACGAACCAUCAGCAGCAGCGGAGAAAUGCUGUUAACGAUCCGGACACGAGCCACGACGGGACGGGGCAUCCGGACGUGACGAACGAUCGGCAGCAACGUAGAAAUGCUGUUUACGGCCCGGGCACGAGGAAAGACGCGACAGCUGCAUCGACGUGGAUGA